GUUUGUUUUAUUUCCAAGUCGAUUUAUGGUGAUACUAAGGAGAUGAGCGGCAGCUUCAGCCUUGGCGCGUCCGGCUUGUCAGGAUUAUCUUGAGAAACAUCCUAGUGAAACCCAGGACUUUCUCCAAACGCCACGACUCCCGAACCGCCGUCUGAGUUUCGGCACCGCGCCAUCUGAGAUUACACCAUAACAGCGCCUAAGAAUAGGGGACUUGCAGCCACCACAACUCCUUUUACGCCGGACUCUGACGCCUCCAGCGCAAGUACCGAGCGUGCGUGACGUCCGAUGGACUGUAGUGGGGUAGUGCGGGGGAACAAACAUGGCCAAAUCACCCAUCCAACGGCAUUUCCGCCGGUGAGAUGUCAGCUCCAAGUCUAAAUAUAAGACGGCCGUGUCCCUGCUUGCUUCACAAGCGAUACUCGACGCCAAAGCUUCGCGCAAACAGUCAACCUUUCUUCACAGGUCUUCACAGUCACAGCACCGACAAGCUACACCCACCAUGCCCGACCGGAAGAUCCAGCUCGUCAGCCUGGCGCACGUCUUCUACAAGCACAAGAACAUUGAAGAAGCUCGUAAGUUUUACGACGACUUUGGCUUUUACGAACUCGAGCGCAAGGGGAACAGGACAUUCUACCGAGGCUAUGGUACCGAGCCAUUCGUGUUGUGCGCCGAAGAGGCGGAGGAGGACGAGUUCGGAGGUCCGGCUUUCGUUGUGGAGUCUCUGGAAGACCUCGAGUACGCGUCCAAGACAUUGCCGAGCGCAACAGAAAUCCAUGAUCUCAAAGACGUGCCGGGCGGCGGUAAAUGUGUGACGUUCAAAGAUCCCGUCGACGGCUGGCCGCUGCAUCUGGUGUACAACCAGACGCCAAUUGAGAAGAGGGAUCCGGGAUUUCCGAAUCUCAAGUUCAACUUCCCGGAAGAGAAGCAUCGGGAUGUUAACAAGAAGCAGCGUUUCACCAAGCGUCCAGCACCCGUUCACAAGCUAGGCCACUUUGGCGUAUGUCUGACGAACUUUGACAAGGCGUACGAAUUUUACACUAGCAACUUCAACCUGUACCCGAGUGAGCUCGUCCACGCCCCUGACAAUAAGGACAAGAACGUUACCGUGUUUUUCCGUCUGGCACGUGGCAAGGAAUUCGUCGACCACCACUGCUUCUUCUUCCUUGAGGGCCCCAAGUUCCAUGUCCACCAUUCCUCUUUCGAAACGCACGACUUUGACACCCAGGUGCUGGGCCACGACUGGCUGAGAGAACAGGGUCACAAGCUUUGUUGGGGCGUAGGCCGCCAUAUAAUGGGAAGUCAAAUCUUUGAUUAUUGGUUCGACCCCUCCGGCUUCAUCAUGGAGCACUACGUUGAUGGCGACCUGCUCGAUGACACGGAGAAGACGCACCACACUCCCGCAGCGCCGGAUAAUCUACACAUCUGGGGUCCGGAGGUGCCUGCGACUUUCCUGGCGUGA